UAGGUAUUGCUUCCAAUCGUAAAGUCAAGAAUAGAAAAUUGUAGUAGUAUCAAUUUUUGGAGUUCUACUUCUAUAUUUUUAUUAUAAAAAUAUAGAAGUAGAACCCUAUCAAACUCUCUCCUCAAUUCCACAAUCAAGUUCAUAAAUCAGUAUUCUAUUAUUCUACACACAUUAAUAUAAGCACAUCUCUUCCUCCUACAAACUACUUGUCAAACGUUUAGUUUUUUUUUUAAGCCAUAGACACCAAAAAUUAAGUUCAAUGGUAACCCUCAAAAGAGAUGUACAUUUACACCCCAAAGGUGGUCAAGACGCUCUUUCUUCUUCUUCGUCUUCGUCUUGUCAAGAUGAAAGAAACUACCACAAACAAGAAGAAGAUCAUCAGAAUGCCACAGAAGAUAUCAGACUCUGUGGGAAAAGUAAUGGCGAUGGUGAUGGUGAUGACGAUGAGUCGGAUCAUAGAAAGAAUAAUCAGGAGCUGAAUCUUCUUGAACGUUUAAACACAAAUAAUAGUCCAAUAUGUAAUGAAAAUGAUCCAACAUCAGAUGGUGCAGAGCCAAGAGUGUUCUCGUGCAACUAUUGUCAAAGGAAAUUUUACAGUUCACAAGCAUUAGGAGGACAUCAAAAUGCACACAAGAGAGAAAGAACACUUGCCAAAAGAGCUGGUCAAAGACCAAUUGGACAUCACCUUUUCAAUUUCACCCCAACAGCUGCUGCUGCUUUUGGCCAUCAUCCAUAUUUAAGAGUACAGCAUCAGAAUAACUAUAAUUAUGUUAGCAGUAUGUCUACUCUUCCUCUAAAUGGUGCAAAUUAUCACAACAACUCUCUGGGAAUUCAGGCACAUUCAAUGAUCCAUAAAGCAACAAAUAGUAGUGGAAAUUGGUCAAACAGGCAAUUCAUCAAACACCAACCAGGCGUAGGAAAACUGUCUAUGCUUCCUAAAGGAAAUAUUCACUUCAUUCCCCAAGAAGAGAACAAAAGUGACUUGCAAAAGAAUAUUGAUCUUUCUCUCAAGCUCUAGUUCUUUCCUUUUGCCAAAACCCCAUGUUUUUCAUUUUUGUGAUAUUAUUCAGCCAAAUUCGGGGUUUUGGUUACUUUUCGCUAGCUCUUAAUUUUGUAUGACAUUGCCCUGUACGAUAUAUCAUUUGAUUUGAUAUCAAGAAACCCUUUUAGCUUUUGUUGA